AUGAUGUCAAAAAUAUUUAUCUUUGAUGUUCUCCGCCUUCAUAUAUUUUGUUUUUCUUCAAAUAAAAUAUUGCAUUUUUUGGCGUUUUUUUUUUGUUUUCAAGUCAUUUUUGGUGUUGAUUCAAUAAAGCCAAUAGUGAAUUAUGUCGGAUGUUUUAAAGAUAAUCGUCAUCAACGUAUAUUAAAUGGUCUUGUUAAACCUUUGACUUCAUCAUCUAUGACUAUUGCUCUAUGUAUUAAUUAUUGUGCUGAACGUGGUUUGAAUUUUGCUGGAUUACAGUUUAGAUCAGAAUGUUAUUGUGGUAAUCAUUUGCCAACAAAAAUGAAACGAGAAAAUGAAAAUGAUCAUCAAUCAAAUUGUUGUUCUUGGACAUGUUCAGGGCAACUUAAUGAAACAUGUGGUGGUGAUCUUUGUAAUUCAAUUUAUAAUGUUAAUGUUACUGCACGGAAAAAUUCUAUGUUUACUAGUAGUGCUAACUUGUCAGUGUUAUCAUCAAGUUGUCAAAGUAAUCCAUGUGGUUAUGGCGGAACAUGUAUUGCAAAUUCAAUAACAUCUGUUCAUGGUACAUAUAAAUGUCAAUGUACAUCAGGUCGUAUUGGAAUCAACUGUGAAUACCUUGAUCCAUGCCGUUUACCGGAUGUUUGUCCACGUGGUAAUUGUCUUUCUUUUCCUGAAAAUGGUUCAUUUGCUUGUCAAUGUCGUUCGGAUACAUGUUUAUCACAACAAGCAAUAUGUGAUGCAUCAAAAAUAACAACAUUAACAUGUAAAUGUCCACCAAAUCAAUAUGGUGAUCAAUGUGAAUUGUCAUGUCCGUGUCAACAUGGUGGUCGUUGUAUUAUUCAAGAAGAUAAUUCAACUGCAUUGUGUCGUUGUGAUGAAUCACGUUUUUAUGGUGAUCUAUGUGAACAUAUAUCACCAUGUGCGUCUCAACCAUGUUAUAUGGGAGGAACUUGUACAAGAAAUGGAACAAGAUUUUUAUGUAAAUGCUCACCAAAUCGUAUUGGAAGUCAAUGUGAAAAUAAUGAUCCAUGUCAAAUUAAUCCAUGUAUUGGAAAUAGUACAUGCUAUCGUAUCAAUGAUUAUACAUAUAAAUGUGUAUGUGAUCAAGUUCAUACAGGAAAAAAUUGCCAAGAUAUUGUACCAACAAUAAAUCGUUAUGGUUUAUUUCAUAGUGCAUGUGUUCGACCAAAUGAUUGUGAUAUUUCACUUGGUUUAAUUUGUUUUCCUGAACGACGUUGUGCUUGUAUGGAUGGCUAUACAUGGACUAUAGAUAAAGAAAAAUUACAUACAGCAGGUCGAUGUGAACCACUAAAUAUUUGUUUACAAUUUCCAUGUCUUAAUCAAGGACAAUGUGAACAACGUAAUGGUACAAAUGAUUAUAUAUGUCAAUGUCGACCAGGUUAUGCUGGAAAAAAUUGUCAAAUACAAUCACGUGAUCGUUCAAAUCAAUGUUAUACAGGCUAUUGCUUAAAUGGUGGUUCAUGUUAUAUUAAUAAUAAUGAUCAAAUGGAAUGUUAUUGUUCGCCUGGUUAUAUGGGUCGCUAUUGUGAUAUACCUAUAGGUCCAUGUUUUUCAAAUCCAUGUCCACAUCCAGAAUCAAUUUGUUUAAGUAUACAAGAUGGUUAUGUUUGUUUAUGUAAUGAUAAUCAAUUAUUAGAACCAUAUUGUAAUACGUCAAAAUAUUGUCCUGGUUCAAUAUGUAAUGGUCGUGGUAUUUGUUAUAAUACAAUAGAUGAAAAUUCUUAUUGUCGUUGUUUGGAACCUUAUACAGGUACACGUUGUACAUUAAUUGAUACAUGUUCAACUGAACAAAUAUGUCAUCCAUCAGCAACAUGUAUACCAAUGGAAACAGGAAGUUAUUGUGCAUGUCCACCGGAUCGAACAGGACCUACAUGUCACGAAGAAUUUUGGCUUGAUCCAUGUUUAAGCAGUGUAACGACUUGUCUUCAUCAUGGAACAUGCACGUCAUCUCCUGCUUUAUCAUUAUCAUCUUCUUCUUCUCAAUUAUAUAAAUGUGCUUGUACAGAAGCAUAUACAGGUUCACGUUGUGAAAUUGAAUUACCUUGUCCAUCACAACGUUGUCUUCAUAAUGGGACAUGUCAAAGAAAUGUUCAGUUUGGUUAUUUUGAAUGUUUAUGCACGUCUGACUAUUUGGGAUCAAGUUGUGAACGAGCAAUACCGACUACAACUUUACAAAGUCCAUGUGCAUUAUUACCUUGUUUUAAUAGUGGCUCAUGUUCAGAAACAUCACUUGGAGGUUUUGUAUGUGUUUGUUUACCAAAUUUUACAGGUAUACGUUGUGAAGAUAUAAUCACAACAACAACAAUAACAACAACAAUAACAACAACAAUAACAACAACUAUUGAACUAUUAACACGAAUAAAUGAUCCAUGCCAAAUAAAUCCAUGUUUAAACGCAGGAAGUUGUUCACUGAAUGGUGUUGGUGGAUUUACAUGUACAUGUCUCAAUGGAUUUACUGGAAGGCGAUGUGAAGCUCGUGUUGAUAUUGCAGCAUUACAAAGUUCGAGUUUUUCAUUAAUUAAUCUUGCUUGGAUUAUACCAAUUUGUCUUCUUCUUCUUGUUGUUAUAACAAUGUUAAUUGGUUUUAUUUGUUGUCGACAUUCAUCACGUCAUAGAAAAGGAGAUCCUGUUUAUAUGUUUGAACAAGCACCAUAUCCAACAAUGGGUAUUACUGGAAAUACAAAAUAUCGAGAAUAUUCAAAUCCAGGUUUUGUUAUUUCAUCGAACAUUCCGCGAGAGUAG